GUGUAAUCUAACACUGAAGAUCCAAUAUAAAUCCUCUUCCUCAAGUGGUUCUCAAUAUCUCUUCAUAGGACAAUAUCAAUAUCUUGGUAGUUAUAAUCUCCAUGUUAAACAGCUUUAUAAUUAGAACCCUGUUUCAGCUGACCAUGAAUGCUACCGCAGUAAACCCGUCUGACUGUCCAGAGGUGAAGGUCCCCUUCUUUGUCUUCUUCAUCAUUGGAGUAGUGAGCCUAGCGGAGAACCUCUUGGUUGUGGUGGCCGUCAUAUGCAACAGGAACCUGCACUCGCCCAUGUACUGCUUCAUUUGUAGCUUGGCAGCCUUCAACACCAUCGCCAGCCUCACCAAAACCUGGGAGAACCUGAUGAUUGUGUUUGCCGAUGUGGGGCAGCUGGAGAAGAAGGGUUCCUCUGAGACAAAACUGGAUGAUGUGAUGGACUCACUUCUCUGUAUGUCUUUUGUUGGCUCUAUUUUCAGCUUCCUGGCCAUCGCUGUAGACCGUUACAUCACCAUCUUCCAUGCGCUUAGAUACCACAACAUCAUGACUAUGCGGCGCACAGGGGUCAUCUUAGGUGUCAUCUGGACAACAUGCGGGGUGUCGGCCGUGCUCAUGGUGAGGUUCUUCGAGUCCAAGAUCAUCAUGAUCUGCUUCGUUGUCUUCUUUGUCGUCUCCUUGGUGAUCAUAUGCUUCCUCUACGUCUACAUGUUCAUGCUAGCACUUAUCCAUGCCAGAAAGAUCGCAGCUCUUCCCACUUAUGGAGGCAGGAAGUGUCGGCGCCAGAGACGGUGGGGCGGAAACAUGAGAGGAGCCCUGACUCUAACCAUCCUUUUUGGGGCAUUUGUUGUGUGUUGGGCGCCAUUUUUCCUCCACCUCAUUAUCAUCAUGGUGUGCCCCAUGAACCCAUAUUGCGAGUGUUACCGAUCACUGUUCCAGCUGCAUGUGGUGUUACUGAUGAGCCACGCCCUCAUCGACCCGGCAAUCUACGCCUUCCGCAGCGCUGAGCUCAGACACACCUUCAAGAAGAUACUUCUUUGUUCAGACUGGAUGUGGUGUUUAUAGAGACCUUCUACUUACACCUUUUAUUUUAGCCUUUAUUAACAAAGGAAUGCGAUCAAAGACUCUACCUACAGACUGCUUUACACUCAUUGGAUUUUAGACAUCCACACCUGGGAAGUGGAUACACCACAUAAAGGACUGUAGACCUGCAUUGCCACUGAGCAGCUGGGGGUUCUCAAGGGCAUUUCUGCAGUAAUUGUUAAAGGACCAGUGUGUAGGAUUUAGUGGCAUCUAGUGGUGAGGUUGCAGAUUGCAACCAAACAAAUACUUGCCAUCUCACCCUCCACUUUCAGGCAUAUAGUAGAACUAAUGGUGGUUGUGAAAAACAUGAAAGGCCCUCUUUACAGUCAGUGCUUAGUGUGUCUACUUGUGAAACAUGGUCGUACCCCCUAUGUAGACAUAAAGGGCUCACUCUAAAGCAACAAAAACAUAAUGAUUCUUAUUUUCAUGUGAUUAUACACUAUUUAAAACGUACUUAUGAAUAUUAUAUUAUAUUUCUGCAACGAUUUCUGCCAGUAGACCCCCCUAAAUCCCACACACUGGUCCUCUAAUUGCAAAUUAUUUACAUUCUUUUUUCAAAUUUUCAUUCCUGGUAUUUGAACCAGACUUUAUCAAGUCUAGUUUAUUUUCCAUUGUGUUUGAAUGAAGGUGUGCACCUGUGACUGUUCAUGUGAGUGUUUGCACACCUCUGCAAGUGUUUCUGGGAUAAUUUUUUCAGAAAAUAAUCGCCAUGUGCUCAUUGCCAGCAUGCCUUGCCGGCUGGCUGUCUAUCCGAUCAUCUGUCGUCCUUCGUCUUUUCCUCCCAGGAUUUGGAUGUGAUCCCACUUCACCCCGUAUGUCAAUCCCUUCAAAUCCUGCUUGAAAUUACCUAUUUGCAUUACAUUCACAUGGGACACAUAUUUUCCAGAGGCCAUUUUUACAUGAAUCGUGAUGUUGUAAUUUCCAACAUUCACAGGGCCAAAGUGUAUCAUAGCUAUAAUGAACAAUAAUACAGGAACAGCUCCACAUUUAAUCUUUUGCUUUUAUUCAAACACAUAUAAAUAAAAUUAAUCAUUUUAAGCAACAUGGCCAACACAAACAUCAGUGGUUUCAGUUGAAGCUCACCUUUAUACUUUUGCAUGCCACCACUUACUAAUAAUAACACUUACAAUAUAAAAUACUGCAUGUCCCCACAGCUGUUCAUCACUCACUGUACAUAAAAGUAGGACUUUUAGCAUGCAAUUAGCAAUCAAGAUGGGGACUUCAACUUUAUCCAGUGUCACAUCACAUUGAUUUUGCUGCUGUUACUGUGGUAACGAGAAUGUCACAAUCAACAAUAACAAUGAAUCAUCUUGCAUAAUUGCCCAGUCAUGUCGGAGGUGAGUUUGUAGGGAGCAGGCUGGGACUAUCACUGUUUUUCCACAUUAAAUGAACCCUUUUAGAGAAGAAAAAAAGGAUGUGUACAUUUUUCUGCAUAUUCAUAUGCUCUUCUUUUGAUCUCACAAUUGCAAAGCAGGCUACAAUAAGGCAAUUAUACACAUAAAACCGAAAAAUAUACAGGUUUUUUUUACUGUUUUCUUUCAUGUCGAUGUCUAUAUGCAUAAAAAUGUCCUUGAUCACUCUGGGGACUCAAAUGAUACAAAUGGCUUGUUUUUCUUUGCAAUAAAUAUUAACA